AUGUCGGCGUUUUUAGUUAAUGUGACUAGGAGAACUACCGAGUCAACAGGUACCGACAUUUCAUAUUUUCAUACAACCAUAGCUUCAGUCAGUUUUACAUCGACAGAUAAGUUCGAGCCAGUACUGCUGCAUCCUAUUAUUCUCUGUACUCUGUGUGCCAUUAAUCUGCUGACAAUAUUAGGGAACCUGUUGGUUAUAAUGGCAGUGUUCAAAGACCACCGUCUUCGCUCAAACAAUACCAAUCUUAUUAUAGCGUCGUUGGCACUUGCUGAUUUUCUAAUAGGCGUUGUGGUCCUGCCGUUCGCCAUUUCCGUGGAAUACACAUCCGGAUACUGGUAUUUUGGCAGAAACUGGUGUGAUAUCUGGCACGCUAUGGAUGUGUUUUGUUGCACAGCGUCCAUUUUUAAUUUAUGUAUCAUAUCUUUUGAUCGAUAUUGGGCGAUAACAAACCCAAUUAGUUAUCGUUCCAAAAUGACAAAUCGUGUUGCCUGUAUCUUGAUCGCGUUCGUUUGGGUUUGUUCGUCUGCUAUAUCUUUUCCGGCAAUAGUUUGGUGGAGAAAAGUGGACCCACCUUUUAUUGAAAAUAAUUGUAUAUUUACAGGAAGCUCAUCGUAUUUGCUAUUGGCAUCAGUUAUAGCAUUCUAUAUUCCAUGCGUGAUCAUGGUUUUUACAUACUUAAGAGUUUAUUUAACAGCUAUACGCCAAAUGCGGGGCAUUCUAGCUGGUACAAAGAACGUGACAUUGGCUUCGAAUAAUAAAAAAACUGUAAAUUUACGGAUACAUCGUGGCGGAUUAAUGAGAAACAAUCUGACAGACAAUAUGAAGAGAGAACAUAAAGCAGCGAAGACUUUAGGUAUCGUGAUGGGUGUUUUUGUUAUCUGUUGGCUCCCAUUUUUUGUGAUACUCCCGUUGUCUAUCUGUGAACAAUGCAUUAAGUAUCCCCAAUUAAUUUUUCCUAUAACGACCUGGCUAGGCUGGAGCAAUAGCGCCCUAAACCCGUUCAUUUACGCGUUUGUUAGUAGGCAUUUUCGGAUGGUAUUUUAUAAGAUUUUGUGCGGUGCGCAUUGCACUAAUAGCUCAAUAUCCCGUCCAUCUACAGAUUUUGCUUCCCUGUCAACUGGGGUUAUAAAUGCGACAUUUGUGAAAGGUGACGAGGACUUCCAAUUGUCGAUUGAAUGA